GAGCUGCUGUUGCUGCUGCUGCUGCUGCUGCUGGAGUAGGAGCGCGAGAGAGAGAGCGCGAGCAUGUGAGAGGGGAAUGGGAGAGCAGACGCAGCACUGCACAGGACAGGCAGCAGGACUCUGCGCAACGGCGCCAUCCAGCAGCACGCCGAGAGCGCGCGCAGGACUUUAACGCAGCAGGGGGAGAGAGGAGAGCACGCGGGACACAGGACGCGGGACGCAGGACUACAUCCAGCCAAAGAUGAACACGAUCGUGUUCAACAAACUGAGCAGCCAGGUCCUGCUCGAGGACAAGGCCAACGAGGUGGAGAGGAGCAGCAGGAAUUAUCUGGAGGUUCUCGAUGGACAGCACGCGGACAUCCUGAGCAGCAGCCAGGGCAUGAAGGACAGCUCAGCGCUGAGGCACCGGAGACCUGGGUCCAGGCAGGGUGCUGGUAAAGUUCGUCAUAAGCGGCAGGCGCUGCAGGACAUGGCCCGGCCCCUGAAGCAGUGGCUCUACAAACACCGGGACAACCCGUACCCAACCAAAACAGAGAAGAUCCUCCUUGCGCUCGGCUCCCAGAUGACCCUAGUGCAGGUGUCUAACUGGUUUGCGAAUGCACGGCGGCGGUUGAAGAACACGGUGCGGCAGCCGGACCUCAGCUGGGCUCUCAGGAUUAAACUCUAUAAUAAAUACGUACAGGGCAACGCUGAGAGACUCAGCAUCAGCAGUGAUGACUCCUGCUCAGAAGACGGUGACCCAGCUGCUCGGACCCAGCCGGGUGAGUUCAGUAAGCCCAUGUAUCAGAGUGUCAUCAAAAAAGAAGGUGGUGGCAUGGGGGCGGGGCUCCGGGCAUCCGCAGAUGCCUCAUUGGCUGAGGACUAUGUGUCUCCACCCAAGUACAAGAGCAGCCUGCUUCACCGUUACCUGAAUGACUCGCUGCGUCAUGUGAUGGUGACCAAUGCGGUGAUGGACGCCCGGAGGAGGAACCACUCAGGCUCCUUCAGCUCCAACGAAUACGAUGAAGACCUCCUAUCCCCAUCUUCCUCAGAAACAGAGGCCAACUUCGUCUACCGGACGGAGCCUGUGGAUCAUGGAUCAAGUAGAUGUGACAGCAGCAUCAUGCCGAAGGAGAAAGGACGUGGUAAAGAUGAGACGUACUGGCGAGAGAUCAAUGCAGCCAUGGCUCUCACCAACCUGGCCCAGCCCAAGGAUGGCGGCCCCUCUGGCACCACAAGCUGCAUCAUCCAGAAAUCCUCCCACAUAGCCGAAAUCAAGACUGUCAAAGUGCCUAUCCUGCACAAGUACUAGCACCCUCGUCACAUGAAAAAGAAGAUGUGUCUCUUCUUUUCCUUUUGGAAUUUGUUUCUUUGGUUUUGUUUAUAUUUUGUGGUACUUAUGAAGUAGCAAUAUAAGAUUUUUUUUUUUUUUGUAUUUGAAGAGUCGUUAAAGUGUCCUGAAAUGCAGCACUUCUUGUGUUUUUAGGUUUGUGCCUGUUUUUGACGCACAAGCGCUUUGAUAAGUCUUGAUGAGUGAUGGUGACGACAGUAUUGCAGAACAAGACACUUUUGCAAUGUUAACUUAUUUUGAUACUUUUUUUUUUGUACUCUGAAAUUUCUAUUGUGCCGUGCCAAAGUGCCUUCUCAUACACUACAAACAGAGAGAAGUGUGUGUCUUUGAAGAGGGGUGUUUGUCACGUAUGAAAUUCAAUUCCUGGAGUGUCUGCAAAAAUUCUUCAAAUUAUUCUUGAGGUUCA